AUGGCACGGAAUCGCUCUGAACCCGACAAGAGGUCUCUACAAAAUGUUCUGCAAGAGACAACCACUGCUGCUACCACCAGAGCAGCCAAGGGUCAGAAAAUCUUCAGCCCAAUAGCUGCUUUUCUUGAUAAACACCGCAACCAGACGGCUGGCCUCAGCCCUUAUCUACAAGGAGCUCUUGCCACUCUAAGUGAUAAUCUAGCCACUGUGGCUCAACACCAUUUUAAUGCCUAUAUAAGUAGCAUCACUUCUACUCUCUCUACCCAUUCCCCUGCCCCAGCCCUUUCCCCUAUCCCUAGUCCCCUUCCCCCUACGCCCCCUCCCUCUUGUCCCCCCUCCGGCCUCACGCAGUCCUCCUACGCAACAAUCACUAAGUCCAACCCAGCCAGAUCAGACCAUGCCACAAAAAUGAUAGACUCUUACGCAAUCUAUACUAGCCUCCGGGCCCAACUAGGUAUUAACAGCAACGCCUUGAAAGAAGUACAAACUACAAAGACCAGGUUCGCUCUCUGUCCUGCAACUAUGGAGGCCCUUUCAACCCUUGAGGCUCAAAAGGAAGUCAUAUCGACGUACUUUGGUAACUGCCAAGUUGAAUGCAGCGCACGAUGGAUCUCAUAUAGAGUUACAAACCUGCCAAGAAAGAUUGGCCAAAUUACUAAUGGCCAAUACUCCAUGAUCCCAGUCGACCCUGCGACACUAUCUACUGAAAUUGCCGAGCAAACAGGCUAUAGACCCAUAUCUGUCAGUAAGACUACCGCUAGUGCUGCCAAUGUCAACUCACCAUCUUCAAGCUGGUUUAUCAAUUUCUCAGAAGACUCAAAAGCCUCUCUCUCAACCCGGCUCCAUCUUUUCGGCACUAUCACCAAUGCUUGCUUCCUUACUAGGAAGGUAACAAUCAUCCAAUAUAACCACUGCUGGAAAUGGCAUAAUGCACAGUCCUGCGCACAAUCCCCAAGAUGUCGACUCUGCGGCUCAUUAGAACAUAUAGAAGAAGAACAUAACAAUAGCUGUUCUACUCUAAACCCUCACUGCUGUCCUCUAAGAUGCUUUCACUGCCAUGGACCCCAUCUAGCAGACUUCACUGACUGCCCACUCCGCCCUAAAGCUGGCACCACUCGCACCAAAGCCCAACGAGCAGAAAUCCGCAAAACAUGCGCCAUCAACCUAGCAAAGGCCCGUACAGAACAAGGCUGCUCCUCAGAGUUAUCUGCUACCACACAAGAACAGCACAUGGUCAUAGAUACUCCACCUACACAAAUCCAGGUCGCCUCACCUUUCCGACCAACCACUCCCCCACCUCCGGCGCCCUCUCAGGAACCUCCUGUCACAGCUAGCGUGGAACCAUAUAUAUUUUCAAAUCUAAGCCAAAAAAUCACUAAGAGACAUCCUUCAUAUGAAUGUUUCUCUCCAACAGAUAGCUGGACAGUAACUGGACGGCCCCGUGUCCUUACCUAUGUCUGGAAAAAUGCAGGCCUACAAGCAUCCCAGCUUUGGCCUAUCAUUACAGAUCCAGCAACCCUAUCCGACCUACUCUUUCUGCAAAUUUUCUCCUCAACUGGACAAUCAGUCCUCACUAUCAACGCCUAUAACGCCCCAGCUGGCUCCACCAGAGCUAGUAAAGCUAUGGAGACCCUUAUAUCCCUUCCAGAGACAUUAUUCCUACAACCUACUCUCCUCACUGGAGACUUCAAUCUUCUACAUAUUAGAUGGCAACCCUCCCUGACUUACCGUCCUGCUGUAUCAGCGGACCCCUUUAUUAAAUGGUUAGAUCAUCUAGGCUUUAUCCUCAUAUCAGAAAUAGACUGUCUAACCCAUACAAGAGGCAAUGUUCUAGACCUCACCUAUGCUACUAGCUCACUAGCGCUGAGCAGACUACACACUAGCACCGUCCCUCACCUAGACUCAACCUCUGAUUAUACACUACUGCUAACCACUAUCCCGUGGGACCAAAGACACACACUACCUACCCAAAAAAUAAGAUUCGAUACACUUGACCAACCCCUCUUUCUAUCUCUCCUCUCCACUAACCUCUCACAGAUCCAACCGCUGGACUCCUCAAAGGCCAACCUAGAGUCACUAGCCCAAGGGCUGACCUCGGCAAUACACAAGGUCUUCGAUAUUAGCAAAUGGCACAAAUCGAGGGGGUCAUAUCGCAGCCCUCCUCUCAAGGAUCCAUUACGGCCGGAUAAUCCACCUGCAGUCUCUGUUCAGGAGAAGCGAGACCUACUAGUUCGCAACCUCCUGCAAAACACAACAGAGGCAGGAGAUAUCCCGCUAGACUGCCCAGCUGUCCCUACCACUACCCUUCCGUUCCCUGAGAUCACCAUGGCACAAGUGGAAAAGUCUAUCUUAAAGGCCAGAAACACCGCUCCAGGAGAAGACGAACUCCAAACUAACAUCCUAAAGACGGCUUGGCCACUGAUCAAAGACAAGAUCUUAUUCCUAUUCCAAGGCUGCCUACGAUUAGGAUAUCAUCCAAAAUGUUUCAGACAUGCAAUUCUCACUAUUCUGCAAAAGCCCAGUAAAGAAGACUGGACCAACCCUAGGUCCUACCGGCCCAUCGCUCUCCUCUCUGUCCUAGGAAAGGGUCUUGAACGUCUAGUGGCACAGAACAUGGCCUGGAUAGCAAUCCACUACAAGGUCCUGGCAAGCCAACAAUUUAGAGCCCUUCCUCUAAGAUUAGUAAUCAACCUUACCACAUGUCUAACACACGACAUAGAACAAGCCCUGAACCAAGGGAAAACAGCAUCUCUACUAACCUUCGAUGUGGAAGGAGCAUUCGAUAAUGUCCUCCCAGGGAGACUCACCUACUGGCUCCGGACACAAGGAUGGCCAAACAAUCUAAUACUCUGGAUCAGCUCUUUCAUCACAGAAAGAACCAUACAGAUCCGAUUUGAUAAUGAACUUGGUCCUCAUACAGAUAUAUCAUGUGGCCUUCCCCAAGGCUCCCCUAUCUCCCCUAUUCUCUUUAUACUUUACAUUGCACCGCUCUUCCACAUGGGUAACCCUAGAACUAGAUUUGGAUACGCAGAUGAUGGAGCAACCCUAGCAAUCUCUCCGUCCCUCUUAACUAAUUGCCAGACACUGAGCGAAUCUCUACAGGACGCAAUUGAAUGGGGCACUGCGGAAGGAAUCACUUUUGCACCAAAUAAAUAUGAACUUAUGCAUUUCUCUCGGCAUCGAGCAGAUCAAGAUCCUGCAACAACCCCCUCAGUCUUAAUGGGCUCAGUCACAGUUACUGAAGCAACUGACCAAAUGACAUCCAAAGUGCUCACUAUAGCUAGCGCCCUCCGCUCGCUUGGAAAUACAGUCCAUGGAAUGAGGCCACACCUCCUCCAACAGGCCAUAUCGGCCUGUGUCCUCCGUAAAGUCUACUUCGGCGCAGAGACGUGGUGGCCAGGCCGCACCCGAUUUCGUUCCCGCCCUCAGGCAGACACUCCCCCAAUCUCAAACCUAGUGAAUAAACAUCUAACGGACCUAUCUACUGUCAUUCUAACAGGGGCAAGGGCAAUUCUACCUGUUUUCCGCACUACCCAGUUACCUGUCCUACACCGAGAGUCAGGGUUUUACCCUCCUAAGAUUGAGCUUGAUCAAAUCGCCCUCACUGCAUCCACACGCCUAAGCCGCCUAGACCCAUAUCACCCUCUUCGAAGACGAGCCAGAGCCAUAGCCCGAACAGGCCACCCAACUAGCCGCUUCGCGCGCCGAGUGCUCGCACUCCCCAACAUGGAAAAGAUCAACCCACUGCUUCAUCCACCCUGGAGUACAAAAGAACCCAGAGAAGCAGCCUUAAGAUGGGUCGGUGCCCCGUCAGGACGCACAAGAGAAGAAGCGGCGGACAACUUCCAAAUACUCCUGCAAUCCAUCCCCAAUAACGAUAUUAUAAUCUACUCAGAUGGAUCCAAAUUAGAAAAUGGCCAAACAGGUGGUGGUUAUGUUGGCUCCUCUCAAGCCAUCUUCGAGUCAUUCAACACACUUGCCGCUACCUGGCCAUCAAGAAGGAGACUCCUCCAAAUUGAGAGACAUGCCAACAUCCCUAGAAAUGAAGCAGCAGACUACGCUGCCAAAGAGGGCGCGGGAAAAACCGUCCCUAUCUCCCACCCAUGGUCAUAUGCAGCAUUUAAGCGACAUACCAAAUCACAAGCUGCCUCAAGAGCACAGACAUAUUGGCAGGCAGCGGCUCCACGCCCACCAGAACUCCAGCUUCCCCGCCAUAUCUUAGGACGAAUCCUUGCAGCACGCACAAAACAUGGAGACUUCGCAGACUACCAUGAAUGGUUCAAUCACACAGAUGCCCAUCUCACGUGCCGAUGCGGUGCAAGAAAGUCCCCAAUCCACUUUAUCUUCUGCCAGAUCGCAAAGAGGAAGGCUCCUAGAUUCCCUAGACAUCCUUCGGAAGUCAUUCCUUUCCUCCUGGGCACCCCAAAGGGCGCCACCAAACUAGCCAAAUGGCUCACGGAGACCCGAUUCUUCGAGGAUAUCUGCCCUCGAAGGCCCCCUCUUAGCACAUAA